UGAUGUUUGCCUAGCUGUCAAGAGCUGAACACAGGAUGAGGAGGCUGCUUGUUCAAAUUCUUUGCAUCACUCAGCUCCUGCUCUGUGCAGCUGACUCUCCUCCAGUGGGCGAGGACAUGCUGCAAAAGCUGUCUGCAGCAGGAGAGCAGUGUGUCGAUGAGGAGAUAAAGCGAGCGCUCCUCGGGGUGAAGCAGGUGAAGGAAACGAUGGGGAAAAGAGAGGAGAAGCACAGACAUCUUAUGGACGCCCUGAGGCACAGCAGUGACAAGAAGAUGGGGGCGAUGCUGCUGGUCCGGGAAACAGAGCAGAAACUAGAGGAGGCUGAGAGACAGUGUCAAGAUUUAACCAAGUCUUCCUUUGAAGAAUGUCGACCCUGUCUUGAAGAUACUUGUAAAGCCUUCUAUACCUCUACGUGUCGCCGUGGCUUUGCCUCUUUCUCAUUCAAGGUGGAGGAGUUCUUCAGGAAAAUGGCGGCCCAGCUGCAAGCCACAGAGCAUGUUUAUGAGGAGAAUGUGGGUCACGCCACCUCACCCGAGAACCAGGUCACAGACGAUGGAGCAGAUCUGGAGCUCCUGCAGGCGGAUGCAUCCUUCAGCCAGCUGCUGUCAAACAUCAGCCUCCUGUACAACCAGAGCGUCGUACUGGUGAAAAGGAUGCAACAGGUGUUCGGGCAUUCCUUCCUGACGGCCUUCACCACAGAGGCCCAACCCAGCCCGCUGUCGGGCAUGCAGAGCGACUCCAGUGCUGGCUUCUUCAGGACAGUGGCUCUGGAUCACAUCCUUGACUCAGUGUCUGACUUUGGGAGGAAUGUGCUGAAAGAAUUCAGCUCCACAGUGGCUGACGUAUUUGAGGAGAUACAAGAAGCAGAGGAGUACUUUCAGCAACCGAGCACAGAUACUGGAUCCCUUUCUGCUUUGGGAUUGUCCCAGAGCAGAUAUCUGUGCAGACGACUCCGCAGACAAACAUCAGAGUGCUGGCAGCUCCAAACCUUGUGCGAGGCGUGUGAAGAUUAUCUGGUAAAAGAGUGUCCCAAUGUUCAGCAGUUACACUCUGAGGUGGAGGAGAUGUACAUGCUGCUCAACGCCUCCCAACAGCAAUACAACGACAGGCUGCAGCUGGUCCAGAGACACACAGCCGACACACAGAGAUGGCUCAGAAACAUGGAUGACAAGUACGGCUGGGUCAGCCAGCUGUCCAGCAGCACAGCAGGGUCACACAGUAUCUUCAGCGUGAUCACAGUGAAUCCGCAGCAGCAGAUGAAGAAUAUCAGACCCAAAGCUGACAGCAGUGUGGUUGUAACCAUACUGGACUCUGCUCCAAUCAGUGUCUCAGUCCCAGCAGAGUUGGAGGUGGACGACCCUGCUUUUAUCCAGUUCGUAGCUCAGGAGGCUCUGACACUCCAUAAACGGCAGAUAAGAGGUAUUGAUUCAGGCAGCGAUGUGGCUUAA